CUCUGGCGACACUGCACUACAUGAUGCAAUAGCUCAACAUGAGACCAGCUGUGCAGAAAUGAUUCUGACAUCGCCAGUUCUCGACUUAACUAUUGAAAAUGAAAAAGGAUUUAACCCUCUCCAUUGGGCUGCGUUUAAUGGCAAAUCUAGCAGUACACUGGUUGAGAAAAUCUUACAGAGAAACAAGAGUCUUGUUAAUGUGCGAAUGGAAGACGGACCCACUCCUCUCCAUAUUGCAGCGAUAAACGAUCACACAGAAACAGCACAGAUACUUAUAAAACAGGGAGCAGAUGUGAAUGUCAAGGACAAGGACAAAGAAUCAAGUCCCUUGCAUCUCGCUUGCUCACAUGCCUAUUUGGGUGCAGCUAAAAUCCUCGUGGCCGCAGGAGCCGAUGUUAACAUGGGUGAUGUUGACAAGAACACUCCUUUGCACGUGGUGAUGAGGUCGUCUGAAGUAAAAGUUGACUUGGAUGAAGGUUUAAUGGGAGACUUGUUGAAGGACCUGGUGAAAAAAACUGCUGGCAGUACUCAGAGUCGUGUUAAACUGGCUACCUUCCUGUUGGAACAGGGAGCAGACGUCAAUGCCAGAAACAAAGACGACAAAACGCCAAUUGAUAUUUGUACUGUCAAGACGUUGAAAAAAGCCGUUGUAAAUUUCAAGAAAGAAAGCUGUAAACCUACCGCUGCGUCCAUGAACGCUCUGCUGUGUUCCAAGUGUUUCAUACGCACCGCUGACGUCACGUUGUUGCCAUGCAACCACAAGAUGACGUGCAGAGACUGUCAUGCGAGGAUGUCUACUUGUCCACUUUGUGGCGGGGAGGUCACAAAAGCUGUUGAUUCAGAUGCCGUGGAGAUUGCGGAAAUGCCAUCCCUGGACUUAGACUGAGAAAUAGCUGCAUCGAGCAAGAAAACCCUACCUAACCUCUUUAGGUUAUGAUAAAAGGGAAGAAGAAACCUGUGUUAGUAUGUUACGCUGUGCGUUUUAACAGAACUUUAAAUAAGACGUUCUUGAACUGUUUUUGAAAUCUUGUUUAAAAUUAAUUUGUUGAUGAUAGAAGAUUUUUAAAAUGUAUUAAUGUAGAUUCAUCAUUUUGUUGUUGACGUAUAUUGUCUUAUUAGUCCUUCUAUAAAUAAAAUGCACAAUUGAAGGCACGCAAUAACUAGUUGAAGGUACGUAAUGCUAAAAGACGUAAAUGUGUAUCAAAGUUGCAAGUGUUAUAUUUAGUUGUUUUUGUUAUAUUUAUUUGUGAUAAAUAACUACAGAUUAAUCGAUUCAUCUAUAUGUAAUCGUUGCAUAAAUUGUAAUGUGCUGUGAAGUUUUAUAAAUAGUGGGUUUUCCAUGAUGUUUUGAUUAAAAAUAUAAAGUUCAUAAAAGGUCUUCAUCAUGUACUCACUGAAAUAGCAGUCUUUUUUUUUGUUUUACAAAUUGUGAGUGUGGAGAUGCAUCUAAAUUGAAACUGAGAUGUCACAUGUGAAGUCGUCAGUCAAUGUUCUUAGAUUUUUCCAAUAAUAUAAAUUUAUAAAUAUUAAUAAAUCAAGCAAGGUCGACUGGAUUAUUUUCUUUCUUCUUCUGAUCUUCAACCUUGUUUUAACUAGCGCUGAAAUAGAUGUAAGCUAUAAAUCGGACUAUUCACCUGCAAAAAUUACUUUUCAAUUUAUUCAACACGAACGUGGUAGAGGAACCUGGAAAUUUAACAGUAGUUUAUUACAGGACAUGGAAUAUAUUGAACUUAUUAAAACAUGUAUAAAAGAUACCAUAAAGCAAUACAAACUAGAAGGAGAUGAUCUAGAUGAACCCAAAUUUUCUAUUAAUGAUCAGCUUCUUUGGGAAACCAUUACGGUAAUGAUACGGGGUAAAACUAUAUCUUACUGAUGAUUAAAAAAAAAGAAGAAAAAAAAUGGAAAGGAAUUAGAUUUGGAAAGCAAAUUAAAGCAGCUUUACGAAACUAAUAACACACACGGGCAAACUUGUAACGACAUCAAUGAAAUGGAAAUGGAAUUAAAAGAAUUAAGAGAGGAAAAAGUAAAGGAAUGAUUAUUCGGGCUAAAGCAAAAUGGAAAGUAGAAGGGGAAAAAAGUACCAACUAUUUCUGUAAUUUAGAAAAACGACACUACAUCGAAAACAUAAUCCCAAAAAUAAUACUUGAGGACAACAGGGAAUUAACAAACCAGGCUGAAAUUAUUAACGCUCAAAAAGAAUAUUAUUAGACGCUAUAUGAAACUAGGAAGGUAAAUAUAUCAGAAGACAAUGAGAACA